AUGAAGGGCGUCGCUCUGUAUGCGCGUUGGCUGCCAUGUUCGCGGAUUUCGCCGGAAUUUCUGGCCUUGGCCUUCAUGUCGAAAACAGUGGCUAUCCAUCUCUUUGAUGUGGAUCUGUUGGCUUUGCGUUCCAGCAUCGCUCAGGUUGUCCCUUGGUGGGGUCAGAUUGGCAUCAAGUUUCACGCUCGUGAUCUUGGUUUCGAGGUGGGCCCCGGCCGUGAAGAGUUCUCCUGGCGCACUCCAUUCAGGAAGUUCUGCGAGCGCGUGGACAUCUGGAAGGCGAUCGGCGCGGGGCACCGCCUGGCGGUGGCGGCGUACAGGGUGUACAUCAUCACCGUGCGCCUGUUUGUGGCCCAGUUGGAGCGGGUCCCCGCGGGCGUAUUGCAGCAGUAG